AUGUCAAAUUCGAUGAAAGUUUUGCGGUUUUUAAUUCUGUUCCUAAUAAGCCGUCACGGAGGAGUCUUUACUGACUUUUACCAAUAUUCUCAGUACGUGAAAAUUUUGGGGAAAAAUGAAUCUGUAAAAUUCGAAAAAUUUGAAGGCUGUUCAGAAAGAGAAAGUCAAUUGAACUUUUUAGAAGGUCUGUUCCAAAACCAGAGAUACCUUCGAUGCAUUGGAAAUUAUACAAAUACUGGACCGUUCAUAAGAAUAGGAACGAUCUUUAUGCCUAUUUCAUUUACCAUUGGAGGCCAUCUAAAUUCUUCUAGAAUUUUUAUAUUCUUAAGAAAAAAUGUGAUAGGCGUUUACAAUUACCAGAUCGACAGAAGGGCAAAUCAAAUUUAUUUUUGCGUACGGGCUAGAUACCUAUUACGUUUAUCGUAUUACACAUUUGUUUGGGAGAUCGAUGCUGGCUUCUUCAGAGAAAACAUCACUCUAUUACAGUCUUUCUCGGAUAUGUACCCCGAUGAAACGGGUGUGAGUGUGGACAAAAUAAGCGUGCAGGUCAACGAGUCUGUGACUUGUCUUUACGAGACAGAUCGUGGUAAAAGCUUGUACGAGUGGGAUUGCGUGAAAGAUGACGACAAAGAAGUAGAGGAGGCGGGAGAUGAAGAUGAUUUCUAUGUGAUUCGAGCGAGCAUUUAUUUCCAAACGAACGGGACCUACAACUGCAUGUGCACAGUUUCUAAUUACAUCAGCCUGGACAAAAUAGGGUCUUGGCGUGGUGAUAUUUAUGUUUCAAAUAAGAAAGCUGUCACGUGGGCGAGGAGUGGAAGCACGAGGAAUGGAAAAUAUUUGCUCAUCAAAUUUGUAGUUGGAUUACUUCUGGCUGCUAAAUUCUCUUUGAAAAAAGUAAGGAGUGGAUCUGGUUCGGAUAACAUCGAAAUUAUCGACAAAGAAGGAAUCUUUUUCUUUGAAGAAGUUGACGGAUGUCCAAAAUACGGCUGGCACAAAGUAGGCGAUGGCAAACGUCAACGUCCCAAAAAUCCGCUCACAGAAGACGACGUGGGUUUGUUCGUGAACGAGUGUACCGAUGGGAGAACAAAAUACAAGUUGCUGAUCCUUCAAGAUGUAACGCCGUACUGCAACACGUCACGCUUUUCAUUCCAAUUAUUAUUGAAAUCCGGGGACGCCAUUCUAACAUCGUCGAGGUUGGUUUUAUACAACGGAGACCAAUUUGUGAAAGUUGUAGAUCAGCAUAGAAUCCAAAAUGGUUACGAAUUCUGUGUUGACCCUUACAACAUUUUUAACUUUGUCGGGGCGAGAGACACGAAAUACGUAUGGGAAGUAGAUGCCGGAUACUUCAAAGACAACAUCACGUUAUUUCAAUAUUACCGAGACAGCUACGACAAAAACUUAAAAGCAGACAAGAAUAGUGUGGCGGUAAACGAAACAGUAACAUGUACAUCAGUUACAAAACUUCGAAGGAAAGGUUUUAUCUGGCACUGUAUUAAGAUCACAGACGACGAAAAUGACGAAAGCAAUUAUGUCAUCAAUGGCUCAUCAAUUUAUUUCAAAACCAAAGGAACGUACAAUUGCAUAUGUACUCUGUCUUAUAUUAGCAAAUAUUUUGGACAAGAUACAUGGCAGGGCAAUAUUACUGUCAUUAAUAAAAAAGUUUUCGAGAUGGAAACAAUGGAAAAAUCAAGUACGAGCAGAAAAAAAUCCGUAUUCAUCGGAGUAAUGGUUGGAACGAUGGCUCUACUCAUCAUCGCGUUUACGCUAAUGAUGUUUUUCAAAAUUAGAAAUCACAUUUUGAGAAGAAAUCAGCAAGAACGGGUGGAGACAAAACGGAGAAGCAUUAAAAUCCUGAACCAAUUUGUUUCUUGAUGGUUGUGACAAAAUUCUUUUUCAAUAAUAAUAGUUUAUCAACAAUAAUAACAAUUAUUAACUAAUUAAUUUCAUUCAUAAUAAUUAUCAAUAUUAUUGAUGAUAAUAAUAGUACAAUUUUUGGUUAUAAACUCAGUUACUAAAUCGA